AUAGUGAACAGUUUUGGGCCCAAUAACGAUAUCUGCCCAUCGUGAAAUUGCCUGGCCGCUCAGCGCCGCGGCGAUUGAUCAAACAUAGAGGCCACAAAACGCAGCGGAAGAGAGCCGGCUGAACGAGAUUCGGGAGAGCGUGUCUGUGAGAAGAUUGACGGUGAGAGUUCGAUUUGAUCUAAAGUCGGAGUGAAAUGGGUAUAACUACGUUUUGGAUUCGCAGUUCAUUGCUCUCCCAAAGAUACAGAUGGCUGCCAUCUCUAUUAUGGUUGGGCACUUCAUCAGUUCCGAGUGUCAGUUCCUCUUAUAUGCCCUCUUGUAGAAGCAGGGUUCCACAUGUUGUGGGCGAUCUUUCAAAACCCUUCUCACGAUUUGUGGCUACCAUUUCUCUUCGGUAUCUGAGUACCUCUUCUAACUCUCAAGAAAUUAGCGGAAAUCUCGAAACAUCUUCAUAUGCGGAGAGACAUGCUGAAGAAGUGCAUCUAAUUGAUGAAUGGGAAGAGGAGGAGGAGGAUGAAGCUGAACCUUUUAUAGGUGAUGGAGGAGAUGGCGGUGGAAUUGUUCUGAAAAAUUGUCCAUGGGGCGAACAGGCUCUAUCAAUUGCACAUGAAGUUCUUUUGCAGUUUGGGGAUGAUGAUGAUGAUUUUGAACUCUUUGCUUUUAAGACUAGUCCUAAAGGAUAUAUUUAUUUGAGACUGGAGAAACUCUCAAAUGAAUAUGGGUGUCCGAGCAUGGAUGAAAUUGAGAAUUACAGCCGUCAAUACAAGAGAAGGUUGGAUGAGUUGAGUGCACUUGGAGAAAUACCGGAAAAUCUAGCACUUGAGGUAUCAUCUCCAGGUGCAGAGCGGCUAAUAAGAGUACCGGAUGACUUAGAACGAUUCAAAGAGAAGCCUAUGAUGGUGAGCUAUAUGGAUAGUCAGGAGAAGACUGGCAUGUUUGUCAUGGAAAGAAUCAACAGUGAAACAGGGAGCUGUAUUUGGAAAUUGGCUGAUGUUAAAGAAAACAGAGAUCCAUCUGCAAGAGGAAGACCAUUUAGCCGUAAACUCAAGGAUUGGAGAUUAGAUUUGCCAUUUUCAAUGAUUAAGAGAGUAACCUUCUAUCUCGAUUAACUGUUAUCUAUUCUCAAUACACUCCUCCUUUAGCAGGAAAGAUUACAUGAACAAUAUGGAAACGAUUAGCAGCAUUUAAUGAUCAAGACUUCCUUUAUCCUGA